UAAUGGUGUAGGUCGGACGCAGACAAACAUGGAGGUCUAGUUAUCCCUGAUAUCCGCUGGAGAAGGUGGGCGUCCCGCUGAACUGUCUUAUUUUCACUUUUUCUUUGUUAUCCUUUGUUUUCCCCGUGUUCCUACGUUAACAUGGAGAUGAAGAAGAGAAUCGGCCUGGAAUUGAGGAACAAAACCCCAACUGAGGUGGCCGAGCUGGUGGUGGACAACUGUCGCUCCAGCGAUGGAGAAGUGGAGGGUCUUAGCGACGAGUACUCGGAGCUGGAGAUCCUCAGUAUGGUGAACGUUGGCCUCGCCUCGCUCUCCAAACUGCCCUCACUACCCAAACUGCGCAAGUUGGAGGUGAGCGACAACAACAUCUCAGGAGGUUUGGACACGUUGGCAGAGAAGUGUCCCAACCUGACGUACCUGAACCUGAGUGGGAACAAGAUUAAAGAGCUGAGCUCCAUCGAGGUUCUGCAGAACCUUAAGAACCUAAAGAGUCUGGAUCUGUACAGCUGUGAGGUGACCACGCUGGACGACUACAGGGAGAGUGUGUUUGAGCUGCUGCCACAGCUCACGUACCUGGAUGGCUUCGACCAGGACGACAACGAGGUCCCCGACUCUGAGGCCGACAACGAUGAUGAUGAUGAUGAAGCUGGUCCGCACGGAGACAAUGAUGACGAAGAGGAUGAGGAGGAAGGCUCUGACGAGGAGGAAGAAGAGGAGGAGGAGGAGGAGGUUGGACUCUCAUACCUCAUGAAGGAGGGAAUCCAGGAUGAAGAAGAUGAUGGAGACUAUGUGGAGGAGGAGGAAGAGGAAGAGGAAGAAGAGGACGGAGCUGAUGUUCGUGGGGAGAAGAGGAAGAGAGAUGAAGAUGACGAAGGAGACGAUGAUGACGAUGAAUAGUUAAACCACUUACCUAAGCCCCUCCCCUUUUCUCAGCCUCCAUGACCCCUGACCUCACCGGCCGUCAACUCAGAGCUGCACACAGACAGGUUCAGUUUUCAUCAUAGACCGGGUCCUGGCUCUAUGAGCACCUCAAGUCCCUCAGUCCUUCUUCCCUCUUCUCUCAUAGGUGUGGCUUCAGCUGUAACCACGGCUUCGGUCCUGUAGCUCUAGGAAGCUCUUGUGUCACACGGAGCAGGUCCCUUUUUGUAAACUGCGUCACUGGGCCGAUAGGAAAUAUUUGUCAAAGUACAUUAAACACGUGAAUAUUUAUCCUGUUGAGGAUGUGAGACUCGUGACAAGCUCAGUGUUUCUGUGUAAUUUGACACGGAGGUCUCAGAACCAUGGACACCGUUCAUGUUUAUGCGUCAGUUUAAAUUCACUGGUUAAAAUACCAGCAGCUUUCAGAUCUGUAAACUAGUGUUUCAUGGGAGCAGUGAAAUUAAUUGGGCCCUCCCUCAUCCUGGAUUCUUGGACUCUUUCUCAUUCUUCAGGGAGAAAACUGAACACUUGGUCUGGACUUCACACCAUCGCUCUAGGACUGUUACCACAUUUACCCUCUGUCCUCUGUCUUCCUGCGGCUCUCGGUCCGGCUCCCGGCCCCGACUCCCAGUCCCUGGGGGUCUCGUGUCUGGUCUGUGUAAAUAGAAGUGACCUGGCCUGUGUAGGUUUUGUUGUUUUUUUUUAAGUGUGAUGUGGGAAACCUAAAGCUGGAGCAAGUUAAUUUUAUUUUUUUAUUCCUGUCUAUGGAACAUGUUGCUGUAAGCAGAGUGUUUUUGAAUAAAAGCCGCUGCGUUCUCCA